AUGUCGUCCACUCAGUCCCAUUCCUUCAAUCCCUCGGGUACUGAUCGCAAGACCACGCUGCAGCUCGACCACCAUCCCCUCGAUCCGCUCACCGCCCAGGAGAUCUCGGCUGUCUCGCUCAUCGUGCGAAGCCACUUUGCUGCCCGCACACCGGUCAAGGCCGUCAAGUUCUGCAGCUCGCUUCUCAUCCCUCCUGUCAAGGCCGCCGUGCUCUACGCUUUGGGUCUUCCUCUCCCUCGCGACACCAAGCUCGAUGAUCGCAAAGCGCUCCAGCUGCUCGGUCGUCGUGCGGAGGUGCAGCUUAUCGACGCCGUCACCGGCGACACCUACGAGGUCCAGGUAGCCCUCGCUAACGACCUCCCUCUCCCUGGCCGAGACGGCAAGUAUGCUCCCUCGACCGCGCAUGCGCUCGGCAAGGUCGAGAGCCUCAAGAAGCUCGAUGUCGGCGUCCAGCCCGGUCUCACCCCCGAAGAGGUCAACGACGCCGAGUUGAUUCUCCGCAACGACCCUCGCAUCGUCGCCAUUGCGCGCGAGGUGGGUGUCGAGCCCGAGAACCUGUACGCCGACGGCUGGUCCAUCGGGUACGAUGACCGCUUUGACAAGCACCUUCGUGUGCAGCAGUGCCUUGUCUACGCCCGCAAGAGCGAGCACGAAAACCUCUACGCUCACCCCAUGGACUUUUACCCUGUCAUCGACUCCAACUCGGGCAAGGUCAUCGCCAUCGAUUUUCCGGGACACCGUGAUCCUGUCACGGGCAAACUCUCCACCCCCAACGGCACUUCCAAGCCCGGUCCCGUCACCAUGGACAGGGACGAGGCGCUGGCAUACUCGGGUCGCAAGCGCAUUGCUCCUCCCAUGGAGUCGUUCGACUACCUCCCCGAGCUCAUGGUUUCCGACCCCAAGAUGCCGCCUCUGAGGACCGACCUGAAGCCCUUGCACGUCGUUCAGCCCGAAGGCGUGAGCUUCAAGCUCAACGGCAACGAGCUCGAAUGGCAAAAGUGGAAGAUGCACAUUGGCUUCCACCCGCGUGAUGGCCUCGUCAUGUCGACCAUCAGCUACAACGACCGCGGCAACGUGCGUCCUAUUGUCUAUCGCAUGUCGGUUGCCGAGAUGGUGGUGCCCUACGCUUCCACCGAGCACCCGCAUCCGCGUAAGUUCGCCUUUGACGUCGGCGAGUACGGUAUGGGCACACUCUCGAACAGUCUCAAGCUUGGAUGCGACUGCCUCGGCACCAUUCACUAUCUGGAUGGCCACUACGUUGCGCACGACGGUACGCCCACGGUGGUGGAGAACGCCAUCUGCAUUCACGAGGAGGAUGCAGGCAUCGCGUGGAAGCACACCGACUACCGACCAGGCGGCAAGGUUCGCUCGGCACGAGGACGCAAGCUUGUGGUGCAGAUGAUCUGCACGAUUGCCAACUACGAAUACAUCUUCGCCUACAUGUUCCACACGGACGGCAGCAUCCAGCUCGAGACCAAGCUGUCCGGUAUCUUGAACCUCUACGUCAAGGACUGCGACGAGCCCAACCCGUACGGUAUCGAGGUGGCGCCUCAGGUCAACGCGCAUUUCCACCAGCACUUGUUUGCGCUCAAGAUCGAUCCCAUGGUGGAUGGCUGCGAGAACACGGUGAUCCAGACCGACUGUGAGCCGACUCCGGCACCCACGGGAUCCGAUCGCAACUACCUCGGCAACGGCUUUGUCACUGUCAAGACGCCGAUCAAUGUGUCGGGCGGUUACGACUGGGACUGGUCUCGCCACCGCACCUGGGCCAUCUACAACACCAACAAGCAGCACUACGCUGCGGGCCUGCCUGUAGGGUACAAGAUCCACACGCGUGACUGGGAGCCGUUGGCGCUGCAGAAGGACUCGAUGGUCGCGAAGCGUGCCGAGUUUACCAAGCACGCCUUGUGGGUGACCAAGUUCAACGAAGAGCAGCUGUGGCCUGCGGGCAAGUACGUGCCUCAGCAGCGCGACACUGCCGCUGAUUCGCUCGGCCACUGGGCACGCGAACAGAACAAGGUCGACGACGAGGAGAUCACGGUACACGCCAUCUACGGUAUCACGCACAUCCCGCAUGCCGAGCAGUUCCCCGUGAUGCCUGUCGAGCAUCUCAAUGUGUGGCUAAAGCCUGCCAACUUCUUCGACUUCAACCCCGCCCAGGACCUGCCCGCUCUCAACGACCCCUUCUCGAAGAAUGCGUUUGGCAGCAACGAGGGCAAGCCGCAGAUGGACGUCAAGCCCAACCCGGCAGCGCCGGCGUCGAGCGGUUCUGCUGCUCCAAGUGCUAGCUGCUGCUCGAGCAAGAAGCCUGCGGAUCAGCCUAGGCAUGGCAUCAGCUUGUCUGCCCCGUCGAGGUCCGCUUCGGGCUCGAUGUCGGCAGCUCACCCACAGAGCUGCGCCUGCUGCGCCAACGAUGGCUCGAGCCGUUUGUAA